AUGGUUGACUCCAGUGGGCUUGGUGUUUCUCCAUCCCAAUCCACGGUUGUUGUUCACUGGAAGGCUCAAGAAUUAGCCAACAAGAGAGAACCACUUUAUAAUCUUGAUAGUGAUGAAUUUAAGGCUGAAAGUGUAGACAUUCAAUGUGAUGUGAAUGUUGAAGAUGAGGUCAAUGUUGAAGAUGGAGUCAAUGUCGAAGAUGGGGUGAAUGUGAUGCCCUCUUCGACUAGUUGUCCUUUGGAGCCAUACAUUGGUAUGUUAUUUGACGAUGUGGAAGACGCCCAAGCAUAUUAUAAGGCAUAUGCAAGGCGUAAAGGAUUUGCUAUUCGGACGAAUCAUACUCGAUUGUCGAAAGAUAAUAAAAAACUACUUACAGUAGACUAUAUAUGCACAAGGGAAGGAUUUCGGAGGAUAAAUCGGAAAGAAAAAGAACAAAUAAUGCCUGAACCUGACGAGACAAAGAUUGGAUGUAAAACUUUGAUGGGUAUAAAAAAGGAUGGUGAACACUGGAUAGUUAACAAGUUUGUAGUUGGACAUAACCAUGUUUUACUCACACCGAGAAGUACUAGUUUCCUACGUGGACAUGGGGGAGUGACUAAAGUCCAAAAAAAACUUAUAAUGACUUUGAAUGAGUUCGGGGUACUGACAAGAAAGAUUAUGUCGGUGUUGAGUAAAGAAUCAGGUAGUGACUUCAAUGUUGGCUGUAUUGGCAAGGAUGUAGAAAAUUUCUUGGGCACCAAAAGGAGAAAAGUUUUUGAAGAGGGUGAUGCACAACGACUAUAUUCCUACUUUCGUGAUCGCCAAUUUAAAGAACCUGAAUUUGUGUAUUCCAUGCAAGUUGAUAAAGAUGGGUGUAUGGAAAGUUGCUUUUGGGCUGAUGCUAGAUCAAGAUCGGCAUACCAGUAUUUUGGAGACGUUGUCACAUUUGAUGCCACAUACCUGACCAACAUUUAUAAAAUGCCAUUUGUGCCGUUUUCAGGAGUUAACCAUCAUCAUCAGACAAUCAUGUUUGGUUGUGCUUUGUUAGUUAAUGAGACGGCGGAGUCAUAUACAUGGUUAUUGAGAACCUGGCAAGAGGCAAUGCUUGGACGUGCCCAUUCAACGAUAAUUAUUGAUGAUGAUAAGGCGAUGGCGAAAGCCAUUGUAGAGGUACUACCGAAUACAACUCAUAGGUUGUGCUUGUGGCACAUUCUCCAAAAGUUUCCUGAACACUUGGCCCAUGUAUAUAACAAGUUUCUUGACUUUCAAAGAGAUUUUCGUCAUUGCAUCCAUGAGACUAUUACAAUUGCUGAGUUCGAAGAGGAAUGGGCAUCGAUAUUGAUGAAGUAUGAUUUAGGAGAAAAUAAUUGGCUGCAAAAUCUUUACAUUCAACGAGAAAAGUGGGUUCCGGCUUACUUGCGUUCAACAUUCUGUGCCGGGAUGUCAACAACUCAACGGAGUGAAAGUAUGAACAAAUUUUUCAAAGACUAUGUUCGAUCUAGUACUAUGGUGAGUGACUUUGUUCAUCAGUAUGAGGCGGCUAUAGAUGCACGUUAUUUUAAAGAGAAAGAGAAAGAUGUGCAGAUGAAGUCUACUAGUGCGAUAUUGAAGACAACUCUUAAAAUUGAAGAGGAGGCAGCACUGAUUUAUACAAGAAAGUCUUUUAUGAUCUUCCAGGAGGAGUUGUUUGAUAGUCUACGGUACAUAUCAAGAAAAUUGUCCUAA